AUGUUAGAUGACAGAGAAUGCAUUAUUUGCAAUGAUGUUGAGGAAUAUGCAUACAGUGAAUUGACACUCGUUAAGUGCAAGAAUUGUGAUGUUUUUUUUCAUAAAAUAUGCUAUGGAAUUUCAAGUCACAAUGUUUCUAGUCAAGGAAUUGUAAUAUUAUGUGAUCCAUGCCAAUAUGAACUUCAAAUUAAAGGAAAGCAACUCAAUCAAUUGAGUUCCAGUAAAGAUUUGAAAUGUAUAAUAUGUUUUAAUUCUGGAAUAUUAAAAAGAGCUCUUGUCCCUAAAAAGUUUGAUCUAUUUCAAAAUUCUGAGUUUAAAGUUAAUAGUCAAAAUAGAGCUAUAUGGAUUCACAUUGAUUGUGCUAUAUAUUCCCAACAUUAUAUAUCUGUUAAUAAUUGGAGAACUAUGUCAAAUAUAGAAAUAUUAAGACCACUAGUUUACAUUAAUGAUAAGUCAUGUUCCAUUUGUAAUGGAAAUAUGGGUUUACUUAAACAAUGUUCUUUUUCUCAAUGUUUGGAACAUUUUCAUAUUCAUUGUUUGUUGAAAUCACCAUCUUAUAAACAUAAGAAUAUCAAAAUUGAAAAAAACCAUUUACUUGAUAUUUAUUGCAUUAAUCAUUCCAAAAAUGAGUAUCAAAUUUCUUUAGAACAUGGUCAAAAGAAAUCCAUUAUUAAGUCUUUAAGGGAAGAAAUUAAAACAUUAGAAACUAGUCGGAAUUUGGACAAUUAUAUUAAAGCAGUUCUUGGCCUAAACAAAGGUGAGUUAUUCACCUUUCCUGAGUUCCUGUCUUCCAAAAAAGACUUUAUUGGCUUUACUUUGCUGUCAAUUAUAGUAUCUUGUGAUAUUUGGACUCUUAGAACUACAGCUUUAUUAUCCUUAGCUGGCAAACCACUUCAAAAAGACAAUACUCCUAUAUUUACUGUUACUAAGAAAUCUAAUAUAAAUAAGUGGAUUAAUCUUUCAAGGUAUAUCCCAGUUAGUCUUAAAUAUGUAGAAAAUCUAAUAUCUUUAUCUUGUCUUAUCUCUGACAUUAUUGAAAAAAAGACAAAUCAACAUACAAGACUUGAAAUAUCUAAUAACAUCCUAUAUUACAUUACUGACAUUAAAUUAAUUCUAGAUAAUCAAACUAUCAAUGAGUGGGAAACUAAAUAUUUAGAUUAUUAUAAUAUUCUAAGAAAUAAGUUAGAUAGAAGUAGUCUAGAUAUUAAUCAGCUACGAGAAAUAUUCCAAGAUCUACCACUAAUGAAUAAAAAAGAUGGUGUAUUUAAUAUGGCAAAUCAUUCUUCAAACCUAUAUCUAGCUAUUAAAUGUAUUUUUAACAAUAUACAAAGACUUGAUCUUGAGCUUGAUAGAGUCUUAAAGUCCAAAACAUUGGAUUUGGACAAACUUAGAUACAUAAAAUACAAGAUAGAAAAUGAAAUCCCAAGUAAUUCUCCUAUAAAUAGGCAGAAAUAUAAUAAAGUUUUGAUAUAUUACACUUAUAUGGAGAAGUUAUUAGAAAGGAUGAUUAGGAAAUUCAAGUUUGGGUAUUUGAGACAAGAUCUAAAUAUAUCCAAAAAUGAGGAAUUUGAAAAAAACUUUAGAGACUUUUUUGAUCAGAUUGAAAGACUUAAAAGUACAAAAACUCUUAUUGAUUUUAUUUUGAAUGUUGAAAUUGAAGAAUACUCUAAGAAAGAGUCUGAGACAAAAAACAAUCUAUGUCAGGAUCUUGAAAAUUGGAGAUCUUUUGAUUUUCAUCCAAAUUCUCAUAUAAUUACUUCUUUCAACUCAAAGAUAGUAACUAGAGGAGUAACUUCAAAGAAAAUGAGAUCUCUGGUACAAGAAAUAAAUAAGUUUCAAAAGUGGGAAAAAAUGGUUAAUGAAUGUUUUGAAAUUCUAAAAAGUUUAGAGAGAAGAUGCUUUUCUUCCAAUAAAAGUCUUCCUAAUAAGGAUUAUUCAACUUUUCGUGAAAAGUUUCAGAGAUUUAUUAAUCAGUUAGAUAUACUUGAACUUAAAACGACUUUUUUGAUCAAACAGAUAUUAUCACUUAAGAGAAUCUUUAUAAAGAACAAAGAUAUCCUUACAAGAUCUAAAGUUUUCAAUCAAUAUGAAUGUCUUUUGGAAGAAUUUAAUAGAGUUAGUGAGCUAGAAAAUCUCUUAGAAAGAGAACCAGAUCCAAACUUCAACUCAGUUUUGCUUUAUUUUGAUUUUGUUUUAAAAUCUAGAUUUUGUUUAUUACCAAGGAAGUUCUAUCAAACUGGUUUAAUCUCAAAACUUGAAAAAUACUUAUUUUUUGAGGGUUAUAUAACUAGAUCUCUAGAAAUCAGAGAAUUAUCUUUUCAAGAUGUAAUCAUUUUAAACCAAUAUUUGAGUUACAAGAAGGAAAAUGCUCAUAUUCACAUCACUCCAGAAUCAGGAAUAUUUCAAGACUUUGAAUCUCUUUUAAUUAAACUUCUAAAAAAGUUUUCUGAGAAUUUUGAUCUUGUCUCAAAGAUCUAUUUAAUACUUAAUUAUUCUGAAGAGUAUUCAGACUUUAUUUUGAGUAGUUUCCAAGAUUUAUCAAUUUUGGAUCCCAUUAUAAAAUACUUGAUAAAGAGUAAAAAAGACUUUGAUACACCCACAAAAGGACUUUUCAACUAUUUAAUGACCUUUAAUUCUAAGUUAAGAUCUCAAAAAUGGGAUUCUGAUUGUGAUCAAAGCCAUUAUGGAGACCUUGAAAUUAUAAAAUGGAUAUACAAACCAUUUGGAACCAAAUUCUCUUUUAAAGACUACCAAGAAUAUUUUAUUGACACUGUUAAGAAUACUGACUUUGACAAAGAUCUUUGUCUCUUACAGCAAAGGGAUCUUAAUACUAUUAUUGAGAUUCCUUUUAUAUACAAAAUAAAGCUAAUUCAGAGAUACUAUAUUCUUGAGACACUUUCAAUUCUUAUAGAUAAUCAUUUCCAUUAUAUAGAUAUUCAAGAUUUAGUUUCUAAGAUUUUUAAUACCAGGGAUUUACAAAUAUUAGUAAUGAUUUGGAGAAAUCUUAGAUCAUUAGAUAUUGAUAGAGAUACCUUUCAAGAUUUCAAAUCUCUAAAAUUGACUUAUUCUCAAGAAAAAGAAAAUCUCAAAGAGUUAAAUAAACAAGGACUUAUUAUGAAUGAUUAUUUAUAUAACUUGGUUAUGGGACAUUUAAUAGAGAAGAUUUUGGUGGAUUUUCCAGUAAAAGGAAUUGUCUUUGGAUCUAUUGAUGAUUAUCUAGUAGACAUGGAAUGCAUCAAAAAGUAUAAUAUCAUAGGUCAAUCUGAUACAAAUCUAUUAAUCUCCGAAAUCAAUGAAAUAAAGCUUCUAGAAGACAGUCUUAAAAAGAUAAUUCAAAAAAUGAAUUCGGAUAAUUUUAACCAUAAGAAAAGACUUAUUGAGGAUAUUUUAGAUCAAGAUUUGAAUUUCAAAACUAAUCUGAAUAGUUGUGAUCUCUUUCAAAGUUAUAAUAAAAGAGAAUGGGACGAUAUCUAUCUUCAUCAACCUAUUAGUUAUGAUGAAGAGAUUAUUGGAAAUAGACUUAAAUUAGAUUUCCAAGUAAAAAGGAGAAAUAACUUCUUCUUAAAAAUACAUAUUAAUAGUUUAUUUGAUCAGGAAAGUAUUUCUAUAAUUAAAUCUAAAAAUCCUAAUAUGGGAAAUCACUUUGAAACUAAAGAAUCUACAAAUAACAAAAAAAAUAAGAGUAUCAGAAAUUUGAUAAAUGAGUACCUCUCUAUAAUAGAAGAUGAGAGAAAUGAAAUCUUGUUAAUAUUGGGUAGAUCAUCUAAAUAUGGAGUUCAUGUUAUUGGGAAUAAAGAAAAUAAGUUAAUUUUUGAGAUUGAUAAUUUAUUCAAAAAUUUGUCUCAAAAAAAGGAGAUCACAUCUAUUCUUAAGUUUCUUAACCAUUUAGUUAAUGAUCUGAUACACUUCGAGAUAGCUUUUAUCAUUAAUAUAGCAAGAUUGUGUAAGAUUGAUUUGAAUGAGAAUUUUGUGCUUAAAGAAUGGUUCAAUGAUACUUAUUUAAAAGAUAAAACUCCAUAUAAAGUUUUCAUAAGUACUGAGACAAUUUUAGAAAAAGAUAAUAAUGCUGUCUCAUUUUCAAUCUAUAAAUUAAUAAGAAGAAUAUCUUUGGAAUACCUUAAUUUGGUUGAAAAUUGGGAUCAAAAGUACUCAGAAAUAAUUGAGAAUAGAAUAGAAAAAGAAUCUAGUAGAGAGUUUUACAAUGUUUUAUUAAUAUAUAAUCAGAACAAACUUUUAAGAAGGAUUUUCCAAGGAGAUCUUGAUUCUACUGCUAUUAGAUCUUAUGAUCUUUCAAACCGUGAAAUUAUUCAUAAAAUAAAAUCUGAGAGAAUUAAAGAGGAAUAUCAAAAAAUGAGAGAUUUAGUGGGAGAUUUAAUGAUCCCAUUUAAAGAUCACAUGAAUAAGACUUUUGUUGACAUAGUUACAAAUGGUUUAUAUGAUAUGAAAUCUUCAAGUAAAUUUUUGAUCUAUUUUCCAUCUAGUUUAAUUGAAUCUUUGAGAAGCAAAGAGUUUGAGAAUUAUUCUGGAAAUCCUUUAAGAAUUUUUGUAGAAGAGAUCUCAAUUAUCUACUUUUCUGAAGAUAUAUCUCUUUUAUUAAUUAAAAUUAAUAUGACUUAUAAAUGUGAAUCAUUCUAUGUAAGUCCUGAACUUUUAAUUACAUUGUCUAACGAGAUAGAUUUGAAAUAUGGUAUUUCAACUCGACAAUUAUUCAUGGAUUCUUAUUAUUUUUUUGUUAAGAUUUAUAAGGAUUCUUUAACUACUGAGAACUAUUACUAUAUUAGAGAAAGUAACAGGGCUCAAGAUUUAAUAGAUUUUGUGAAUAGUAAGUUAAAGAGUUUUGAGACUGAGAUCUUGACAGAAAUGGGUUUUUCAAUUAGUUCAAGUAAAUUUGAGAAAAAUAGAAUUAAAAUGAAUUUGGAGGCUUUUAAAAUAUGUAAAGACGGAAAUAAUUUAGAGAAAAUAAAAAAUAAGAAAUUAAUUAUGAUCACAGAUAUAAUCAGCUUGAUCUCAAAUAUAAUACUAUACAGAGUCUUUUUGGAUGGUCUUCUAAUAGAGGAUGAUAAUUUUGACAAGAAAAUCCACUUAUUUAGAAGAAACUACUCAGUUCUUGACUUUGAUCUUGCAUUAAAAUCUAUAGUAAUGUACCUUAGUCUAAGAGAUCUUGUAGAAGAUUCAUUUUCUAAAAUUGAGAAAAUGAACUCUAGAGAUGAGAUCUUCGCUCCAAUUGAGAUAUUUAAAAUCUCAAAAGAGCUUUCAAUACUUACUGAAUUGUUGAAUAAAGAAGAAAUAUCUAUUAAUAUUAAAGAGAGACCCAAAAUACACCAUUAUCUUUUCGAAAAGGAGUCUAUGCUAAUUGAAGAUUUUCGGACUUGGGAAAUUGCUUCUGAUAGUUACCUUUUUAAAGGAGAUUCUUAUAAUAACCAAAGUUUUAAUUCAGAAUUUUGUUUAAACACUAUACUAUGGGUUCCAGAAUAUGAAAACUUUAAUACAGUUUCAGAUAUAAUUGAACUGAUACUAUUUCAUAUCAAAAAAAUCAAAUCUUCAAAAUUGGAAUUGUCAAGUUUAGAGAUUUCUAACUUAAUUAAUGCUCUAGAAACUAAAAAGAGCUUAAUCUUAGAAUUAGAAGAGAAUUCUUUGAAAAUUCUAAAGGAAAUUAAACUAGAUGAAAAAGAAAAUUCUAGAUUUGAAACGAAAUCAAAACCUUUUUUACUUAUUGAAAAAGUUAUACCUCCUCCAAAAGUUAGCCAAAAAAUGGUUUACGAGUAUAUUUCAAAAAAACUCUUUAAAUUGAUCCCGAAUUUUAAGUUAUUGAAUCAAACCCUUAAUAUUUUGCCAUACAAGGGAUUUGAAAUACUAAACAAAUAUUUUAAUAACUCAAUUCUGAUGGAUAAAUCCUUAAUUUCUACUUUAAAUAUAAUUGGGGAUCUUGAAACAAAAUGUGAUCUUGAGACAAAACAAGAUUUAGAGGGUAUCGUGUCUCAUAAUUUUGAAUAUCUUUCAAAAAUUAUUGAUUUAAGAAUAUUGAUCAAUGAAUCAAAAUUAUCUUCAGAGACUUUGUAUAGAGCUUAUUUAAAGUUUUUUAGAGGUAUUUUUAGAUACUUUUUGGUAUAUGGAACAAAACAUAGAUGGGUAGACAUUUCAGAGUUACAAUGUAAUAAUGAUGAGAAAGGCAAGAAAAGAAAGGAGAUUUUCGUUCCAAUUUUGGAAUAUGUAGUUUUGAGAAAACUUUAUGUAGAGUUUUUGUCAUGGUAUAAAUUCGAUAAAAGUGUGGAGCAUUCAAAAGGAGCUUUUCAGAAUUGUGAAUUUAUUAUUUUGGAGUCUUUAUUGUCUUGUUGUAAUUAUCUAAUGGAAAAGGUAUCAUUUAGCCUUGGAAAUGUAGAAAAUGAAUAUUUAAUAAAUCAUUGUAUUUUGAGGUAUUUAUAUUUUCAACAAGAGAGGGAAAUUAUAGAUAAGCCUAAGAAGCUUAAUUUAAUGAUUGGAAUAUUAGAUAUUGGUGAGUACUUAGUAAAUUAUUUUGAUAUAAUAGACAUGGAAUUAAUUAUAAAACAGAGCUUUACUAGGAUUAAGAAUCCAGAUUUAGAUUAUGAUAAGUAUGAAUUAGGAAGUUUAAGUGUAUUUAGUAGAGUUGAUAAUAAACUGAUUCAUCACUUUUUAAGAAAAAACAAGAUUCAGGUUUCUAUUUGUGGAUUAGAAGAUGCAAAAUAUGGUUUAAUAAGUAAUAUAUAUUAUAUAAAGGAUAACAAAGAGAAGAUAGAUUUUAGAUGGUCAAUAGGACGUAUUUCAUAUUCUUUAAAACCAAUUCAUGGUGUUUACUUUCUUAGGAGUUAUGUAAAGCAGUAUUUGGAGUAUAUUUUCAAAACUUUCUACAAUAAAGAGGAUCAAGAUUACAUCAAGAAGAAGGAUCACUCUAUAUAUCUUGAGGCUUUUGGUGAGGAAGAUCAGCUCUCUAUUGAAAAUCUUUUUCGAAUUUUGGAUAAAUAUUUGAAAGAUGUGAUGGAUUAUUCUUUAAGGUUAAUGCUUAAGUCUUUCAAAAUUAAGAGUAAUAAUGACCAUUUUUCUUAUUCAAAUUUGUCCAAAUACCCAAGUUAUCUUGAGGAGUUAAAGAAUAAGUGGAUGAUUUUUGGACAAGAUAAAUGGAUUAGUGAGCUAAUAAAAGUUGGAAGUCAUAUUAAGAUGAGUAAAGGUACUAAUAAGAAACGAAUUAGAGAGGAGAAAACAGAGGAAAUGUUGGAUAUUGAUAAAGUCCCAAUAUUGGUCAAGAAUAAUAAAUCCUAUACAGGAAAGGAAAAGGAUUCUCAGGUUGAGGAAUUAAAGAAAAGGAGUUUAGAUAUAAAGUCUGAAACAACUAAUAAUAUGGAAGAAAAAACAGAAAUGGUUGAUAAUGUGGAAUUAGAGAAAGUAACAACAAAAGGAACCGAUAUUAUAGAUUUGGAAAGACUUAGGACUCAUGAAGGAGCCAAAAGUGAUUUAAAAUACGCCUGGUUGGGAUGGUUAAGCUUUGGUAAAAAUCAGGAAAAUGUAGAUGAAGAUGUUUUAGAAAUAGGUAUAUACCAAAUAAGUAAUCAGUUUACUAAGAAGAACGAUAAUAUAUUAAAAGAACUGAGUAGAUGCUUAGAACUUAGGUAUAAUGGAAUUAAAUACUCAAUGGAGAUAGUAGAGAAAGCAUUAGGAAACAAUUCAAUGGUGGUUUUGAUCUCCUCUAACUGGUCACAUCACUUGAGAUUCUGUAAGAGCCAAAUAUUUAACCGUAUAUUUCAUUAUAACUAUAACUGUGAGGAUUAUGAGAUCUUUGAAUUUGAAAUGGUUGAUAAAAAUACUACUAAUAAGGAUAUUUUCAAUAAUAAUAGUAAAAAUAGAGACUCUAAGAAUAAAAAAUCUGAGGAGGAGGUAAAACCUAUUGGGGAUGUAAGACUUUGGUUAUUUCCAUGUAACCUAUCUAAUGAGAAUUCCAACAGACUAUUUUUUAGUGGGAAUUUAACAAGAAAGAAUUCGGUACCUUUACCAAUUUCAAAAUAUUAUUUGAUAGGAAUGUUGGUUUCAAGUUCAGAGGUAAAACAGAAUUUUGGUUUUGGUUCUGGUUCUGGCUCUGGCUCUGGUACUAACUCAGAUCCUGAUCUUGAUUCUGGAUCUGGUCUUAGACAAGAUCCAGAUGAAGAAAUCUCAGUGAUGACUAGUUUGCUUCCAAAUCAAGGACAAAUGCACAAAAUAGCACAAUAUUGUCACAAUAAGUCAAUGAAAUCCGAAUCAAAGAUGGAGUUCCUCAUAAAUAAUGACAUGUUUUCAUCAGCAGGAACCCUUCUCUCCAGUCUUUUGUCUAUUAAUGGGAAUUCUAGUCAAUUAACUCAUAGUACAUCUUUAUCCAACAAUCAAGAUAACUACUCAAAUAAUAUAUACACUUUAAGAGAUUUAGCUAAGUCCAUAAAACGGAAAAUCUCAGAAGGAUAA